AUGGGAGCUGUACUUCGUGUCAUGGUGACUUCAUUCUCCGUGGAAAUAAUGUUCGAUGUUGUGCUUAAGACUGAUGAAGCUGGGACUGAUGUCAAGAGCAGCGCCGACACCAACACUUGCACCAGUGGGGACACUUAUUUCUACUCUGGCAUGCUGACAGCUCCCCUCGCCUCACAUGAUGCACACCUCCUAGUUUGCGCCGCACCCAAACAAGGCAGCACCCAACACUCCCUGCUUGAUUGGCCACUUGGAAGUGAUUCUUGGUCAGAACUAAGGCUCAAUGAUUCACGGAUUGAGCAGAUUGUGGAGUUCAAAGGUCAGUUCAUUGCGCUGGACUAUGAGUACAGGCUCCACACUCUAUCCUUGGCCCCCCAGCUUGGUCUGCAGGAGAUAUCAACUGUGUGGUGGGAUGACAUGGAUGCAUGCCCGUAUCUAAGGCCAUGGCUUGUGGUGUGUGGUGACAUACUCCUCAUUGUUGACCACUACAUAUCCCUUUUAUUUGAUGGGGCACCUGUCAACUACGAAGCUUAUCGCCUCGACAUGUCAACUGUACCUGCAGUUUGGGUGAAGGUAGAGAAGCUGGAGAAUUACGUGCUCUUUAUUGGAAGCGAUGUGAGGAGCCCUGCGUUUUCUUGCAUCAGCCCGGGACGAUGGGGUAGGAGGAACAACUGCUUGUACUACGCAUAUUAUGAUGUACCCUGGAUCUUGCAUGGGCUUGGUGAUGAGGCAGAUGCUGUGUGGGAUCCAGACAAUGACCCUGACAUUGAGUUCAAGAGGAACUGGUACACCCAAUUGCAGCCCUUUUGGGUGUACCCAAGCAUGUUCUACGCUGAUGCUGAUGGCGAGUGACGGAUGCGUCUUCCAUCUGCUUGUGCUGAAAUCUCGCCUUCAUUCUCCAUAGAGAUUAGUAAUCAGAGACUUGCAUUAAACUGGGGAUAUGUAAGCAGACUUUUCAGUUUCGCUGUUUGGUUGUUUUUGUGUCUGCACUUGCACUACUAAAUCGUUUGAUCUAGUUGUGUAACCGUUGGCUAUGUGCUGCAAACCUUGAAAGCCCAGAAGUCUGGAACUAAUUACUGUUAUUUGAAGAGUAGAAAACGUUUGCAAUGCUUCA